CAAGGCAACUUAUCAAGCAGUCCGAUUCAAACAAGCAUGUAUCUACAAACGCUGAGAGGUCUGCAUACAAUGUACUAAAACAAUAUGGAUCUGUCUUCAUUAAAGGAAAGUCAGGCUCAGGGAAAACUACACUUGGUCGAAAGAUUUUAGCAAGAAUAUCAACUAAAACAAGCCGGUUGCCAAUCGUGCUUUCAUCAAGGGGUGAAUGGAAUCUGAUUACUAAAGUAAAUCACGAGAACCUCGAAGGGAACAAAAGUGUUGCACAGACUAGGUAUGUGGUGUUAAUCGAUGAUAUAUUUGGAUCAAGUAAUCUGGUUGCAUCACAAGUGGAUGAGUGGGUAACGUUGUUUGACCAAAUUUGGUCAAACGUGGAAUCAGGUCAUGUAUUUCUUGUCAUUACCUCCAGACCUGAAAUAUACUCACAGUGUAAAGAAAAAAUAGGAAAGUACCAGCUCAUGAAAACUAUUCAGUGUAUGGAUCUAGGUGAAGGAAUUUAUGAUCUCACACAAGUAGAAAAACUUGAAAUGGUAGAAAAGAUAUGUGGAGAUAAAUGCUUUUCACAUGAUCAACGGGAGUCAAUUGUUGGAAUGCAGACUGUCCUCGGGUUUCCCCAGUGUUGCACGUUCUUUGCAUCAAGCAAGGAAGCACAAGCAAAGGGUGUGGAGUUCUUCAGAAAGCCCUGGCAAUUCGUCCUAGGGGAAAUUAAUAGAAUGCAUGAAAAUGAUGGUAUGGGUUACCUUGUGCUCCUUCUCAUUUUGAUGAAAGAUGGUUGCCUCAGCUCAGAUCAUCUGAAACUCCCUACAUAUAAAACAGAACUGAAGCCCUUGGCUGAAGAACUUAAAGAAUGUUGUGUAGCGCAUCUCGAAAUUACAGCUGCAGGCAUUGAGUCAAAGAUAAAGGCUUUCCGUGGAGUGUACUUAAUUCAAACAGGAAAGGAUUACCAGUUCCAACAUCAGUCUAUAUAUGACUGUGUAUUUAUCAAUAUUUCAAAAUCGCAACUUAAACUUGCAAUAAGUAACUGUCCACCAAAGAUGCUGGUGGAAUUGGUGGACACACAGCAGAUGAACAAGAAUGAGACAGUAGUUAGCCUAUGCCCACAAAGCUUCCAUGUGUUAGCUGACCGCAUCACGUAUCAUCUUCUGUCAGAAAGUUACAGUGUCAUACUUGAUCAUCCUUCUCUACGUCAUGAGGAAUUUGUGGAGGUUCUGACUAAAAGAUGGCGGGACAAAAACAGGUUAACUGAAGUUAUACAGAAAAAACAUGAUACGAAAGAUGUCACUGUUUCCCUUCCCUUUUUUGGGAGAUAUGGAUAUUGUGAUUUUAAGUCACUUACCCUUUUGCAAUAUACUUCCCUUAUCUCUGAUGUCAUUUUACAGAAGUUGACAUUAAUCCUGAAUGACAUACUGUCUGACGUGUUUCAACAUGUUGAUGCAAGCGAACUGCUGGCACCUGCUCUGUAUAUCCAGGAUAACCAGCUAGUGCGAAAGCUGCUAGAUCAGUGUAAGACACCUCCAUCUGACUGUUUCCUAGCACUCUGUGUUUCACCAGGUAUUGAUCAAGAUAUCAAGGAACGUCUGACACAGAAUAUAACAGAGAUACCACAGCCACACAAUUCACUCCUUGUCACUGUGUUAGCUGGAGAAAAAUCCUACUUGCAAACAAUGGGUGAAUACACAUGGACAUACUCCCUUACACCUAGCAGCAAAAAGUGGAAGAAGUGA